ACCUCUGAGAUCCAACGGUAUGACGAGGUUUCUCCAACACUUCGCUUGGAAGCACUAAAAAGAAAACUCCCACACUUGCUUCCCGCCCAUAAAAUAUACUAGUGCUAGCGUAUUCGUACAGUUGACAAAAAACCAAGCAGACAAAAGUUUCAAAGCAAAAAGAGAUGUGCGGAAGAGCUCGUUGUACUCUUCGCGCCGAUGACAUCCUCAUAGCUUCCCAUCGCAACGACGGCCCAGUCCGCCAAGUUAACAUGGACCGGUACCGUCCGUCGUAUAAUGUUGGCCCGGGAAUGAACCUGCCGGUUGUUCGACGGGACGAUGGAUCUAAUUCCGACGGAGUCGUUCUUCACUGCAUGAAAUGGGGACUAAUUCCGAGUUUUACUAAGAAAACUGAUAAGCCUGACUUUUACAAGAUGUUCAAUGCUCGAUCUGAGUCAGUACGUGAAAAAGCUUCUUUUCGUCGUCUCCUUCCUAAAAGCCGGUGUUUAGUGGCAGUUGAAGGAUUCUAUGAGUGGAAGAAAGAUGGGUCGAAAAAACAGCCUUACUACAUUUAUUUCAAGGAUGGUAGGCCUCUAGUGUUUGCUGCUCUUUAUGAUUCUUGGGAGAACUCAGAAGGUGAGAAACUUUACACUUUCACUAUUCUUACUACUUCCUCCUCAUCAGCUUUGCAGUGGCUUCAUGACAGGAUGCCGGUAAUUUUAGGUGACAAGGGAUCAACAGAUACAUGGCUAAAUGCUUCUAAAUUUGAUACUCUGCUUAAACCAUAUGAAAAUCCAGAUUUGGUGUGUUAUCCAGUGACUCCUGCAAUUGGUAAGCUGUCUUUUGAAGGACCAGAGUGUGUUAAAGAGGUACCAUUGAAGACACAGGAAAAGAAUUCAAUCUCAAAGUUUUUCUCAACACGGGAAGUUAAAAAGGAACAAGAAUCAAACAUGGAGAAAAUUUUGUGUAAUGAAUCUGUCAAAACAAAUUUGUUGAAGAACCCAAAGGAGGAACCUAACAGUACAGAUGAUGAAGGAAAUACAUCCUCAACUGAUAAGAGGGACUAUGAUUCAAAAUCUAGUGUUCCCGUCCCAUCUCUCGGGGAUGUGGAAAAGAGCCAAACAAAGAGGGACUACGAGGAGUUUUUAGCUGAUACAAAGCCAUCUAAAGAUGAAAUCGAAACAAGUCCAGCCAGGAAAAAGCAAUCAAUACAUUCGUCCACUGUGUUUGAGACGCCGGCCGAGAAUCCCCAACACGGUGAAAGCCAGAAGUGGACUAACGUCUAAGGUAUCGAAAAUCGGCGGAAUUAUGUUCCUGAACAGGUUCAAAUAAGGAGCACAGAGAUCCCUAAUUGCCGGAAGGGGCUGCUGGUCCCAAGGAAUGUUAGGGAACCAACUGAGCAAAACCCUAACGAUCAAAACCGCACUGUAAAUUUUAAGCCACUUAGCUAAACC